AUGUGUGAUCAGAGCCCAAACUCAUGCAUUGUAAAGACGAGCCACAGAGAANUAAAACUCUGCUGUGUAUACAACAUAUAUCAUUACGUAAAGAUUUCUGCUAUUGAAGAGAAAAUUCAAAAAAUCAUAAAAGUUGUGCAAGAAUUGUGUGAUAAGAGAGAAGAAAUAUCACAAGAUACAUUGUCUGUAAAAGAAAAUAUUGCAGAAAAAUUGAAUAUACAUAUAUUUGAAUCUACGCAAAAACUGACCAAAUACGAGGAAAUGUCAAAUGAAACAAAUAAAAAGUUACAAGAGAUAACUACUACUAUUAAUGGAAUAACAAAACUGCAAGCUGAUAUGAUAACAGAGGGAAAACAGAAUCUUUUUGAAAUUGGAGAACAACUAAAAGAAAUCUUUCAAGAAUUGAAAAAAUUUUCAGUUAUAGAAGAUGAUGUCUUAACCACUCAGUCAUCUGGAUGUCUAAGUUUAGUUUAUAUAAAAUUUAUGUAA